AGUAGAUUGUUCCGGCCGAAAUUAUCAAGUUACAUGGCGGCGUAAGCUGCUUCUCCGGUGGCAUAUAAAGAGUCCUUUUUUCCUUUCAAAAUUAAUAAUUUCUUUAAACCCUUUUCUCUCGAGAUCAAAUGCGAUGCGCGGGAACAAAAGGUUGAAAGAGCUUUGCGCUCUCUCGUGGCGAGCUCAUAAGCAACAGUACACAUCCUUCAAUGGACUCGAGACAAGAUUCAAGGGACACGGUGAAGCAAAUUUUCACUAUUCGAAGCAGAAAAGUCAAACCCAAAUCCAGAAAUCGCAGAGCAAAUCUGGUGACGCGGAUAUCAAAGAGUGGAACGUAGCUAUAAGCAGCUACAUGCGCACUGGAAGGUGCAACGAAGCACUUCGCGUGUUCGAGCGCAUGCCUAGGUGGAGCUCCGUAUCAUACAACGCCAUGAUCUCUGGGUACCUAAGAAACGGCGAGUUUGAAUCCGCCAGGAAACUGUUCGACGAAAUGCCUGAGAGAGAUUUGGUUUCGUGGAACGUGAUGAUCAAAGGGUAUGUGCGGAACAGGAAUCUUGGAAAAGCAAGGGAGUUGUUCGAGAGUAUGCCUGAGAGAGAUGUUUGUUCGUGGAAUACGAUAUUGUCUGGGUACGCUCAGAAUGGGUGUGUUGAUGAGGCAAGGAGAGUUUUUGAUCGAAUGCCUGAGAAGAACGAAGUUUCUUGGAAUGCAUUGCUCUCUGCAUAUGUUCAGAACAGUAGGAUGGAGGAAGCUUGUAGAUUGUUUAGGUCAAGGGAGAAUUGGGCAUUGGUCUCGUGGAACUGCUUGCUUGGUGGGUUUGUUAAGAAGAAAAUGAUUGUCGAGGCAAGACAGUUUUUUGAUAGUAUGAAUGUGAGAGAUGUGGUUUCCUGGAAUACGAUCAUCAGUGGUUAUGCACAGAACGGGGAAAUCGUUGAAGCGCGGAAACUGUUUGACGAGUCUCCUGUUCAAGACGUUUUUACAUGGACAGCAAUGGUGUCAGGAUAUGUACAAAACCGAAUGGUGGAAGAAGCGAGAGAGUUAUUUGACAAAAUGCCAGAGAGGAACGAAGUAUCAUGGAAUGCCAUGCUUGCAGGAUAUGUGCAGGGCGAGAGAAUGGAGCUGGCAAAGGAAUUGUUCGAUAUUAUGCCUUUUCGCAAUGUUAGUACAUGGAACACGAUGAUAACUGGAUAUGCUCAGUGCGGCGAUGUUUCUGAAGCUAAGAAACUUUUUGAUAAAAUGCCUAAAAGAGAUCCAGUCUCUUGGGCUGCUAUGAUUGCAGGGUAUUCGCAAUGCGGACAUGGCUAUGAAGCUCUGCGUUUGUUUGUACAAAUGGAGAGAGAAGGUGGGAGAUUGAAUCGGUCUUCGUUCUCAUCUGCUCUAAGCACGUGUGCAGACGUUGUUGCUCUUGAGCUGGGGAAGCAAUUGCAUGGACGAUUGGUUAAAGGUGGGUAUGAGACUGGGUGCUUUGUUGGCAAUGCGCUUUUGUUGAUGUAUUGCAAAUGUGGAAGCAUAGAAGAAGCCUAUGACUUGUUUGAAGAGAUGACUGGGAAGGACAUUGUCUCCUGGAACACGAUGAUUGCAGGUUAUUCAAGGCACGGGUUCGGAGAAGAGGCAUUAAGGUUCUUUGAGUCGAUGAAGAGAGAAGGACUGAAGCCAGAUGAUGCAACCUUGGUUGCGGUACUUUCUGCGUGCAGUCACACAGGACUUGUAGACAAAGGCAGACAAUAUUUCUACACGAUGACUCAAGACUUUGGCGUAACGCCUAACUCACAGCACUACGCUUGUAUGGUCGAUCUUCUCGGUCGAGCUGGGUUUCUAGAAGAAGCUCACAAUCUAAUGAAAAACAUGCCCUUUGAGCCAGACGGUGCAAUAUGGGGAACUUUACUGGGUGCAAGCAGAGUCCAUGGAAACACAGAGCUAGCUGAAACAGCUGCAGAUAAGAUUUUCGCAAUGGAGCCUGAGAACUCCGGAAUGUAUGUUCUUCUCUCCAAUCUAUACGCUUCUUCAGGUCGAUGGGGAGAUGUAGGUAAACUGCGACUAAAAAUGCGGGACAAAGGGGUGAAGAAAGUUCCAGGAUACAGUUGGAUUGAGAUUCAGAACAAGACACAUACUUUCUCAGUUGGGGAUGAGUUUCAUCCUGAGAAAGACGAGAUCUAUGCUUUUUUGGAGGAUCUUGAUUUGAGAAUGAAGAAAGCGGGGUAUGUUUCGAAGACGAGUGUCGUUCUUCAUGAUGUGGAAGAAGAAGAGAAGGAGUGUAUGGUUCGGUACCAUAGUGAAAGACUGGCAGUAGCAUAUGGGAUAAUGCGUGUGUCUUCCGGGAAACCAAUCCGUGUGAUGAAGAAUCUGCGUGUGUGUGAGGAUUGUCAUAAUGCCAUCAAGUGUAUGGCGAAAGUCACAGGGAGAUUGAUUAUUUUGAGGGAUAAUAACAGGUUUCACCACUUUAAGGAUGGUUCGUGUUCUUGUGGAGACUAUUGGUAAAGUGAUGAUGAUUCCAUUUCAUCUUGAUAUAAUCGAACUGGUGACCAAUAAAGAUUUACUGAUGGUGGAGCUAUCGAAGGUUAAAGAAAUUGGAGAAGGAAAUGGAUUUUGUCUUCGUUUCGCAGGUGUAUGGAAGUGUUGUGUAUUGGUGUGUGUCUCUGUCUCUUAACAAAGAUGAGUAUGAGAAUAAAGAAUGAAGAAUGCAUUUCAGAUUAUUAUGGUGGGCGUGCGUAGCUUACCUUCGAUUCAGAAACCUCUUGUAAGUUAGCUCUUGUCUCUGAUGUCUUAAGAUGUAAUGUCUUGAAGUGAUUCCGUAUGGGUUUAAAGUAACUGUUCUCAGCCUAGGCUCUACAUGGUUUUGACUUUGUUACUCUGAUUUCGAAGUAUCUGGUUUGAGAUAGAUGAUGGCUAUCUAUAUAUAUAUUCUAAUGUGUAUUUGAUAAUGCAGGUGAUCUAGUGCAGAUGGAAAGUAAUAAUAGAUAAUAGUAUCGUGACUCAUGCCAUUAAUUUCACUUUAAAACAGCAAAAACUCUAAGAGCCUUCUAUUUUGUAUAUACUUAUUGGAUUGUAAAGAAAUGGUGUGUGGUUUUUCACUUUUCUCAUGAGAAAGGCUGGAUUUUUUUUUAUGGUAUUAAAACUAAGUAUUGGGAACAAAUUCUACUAAAACUAAAGAUGGUCUAAAGAGCAGGCGACACAACCAUAUAUUUUGGGUUUCAUGUAGCUUCGCAACCAUAUCUGAAUUUUUUGGAUAAACCUUCUCUUCCUCAAGAUGUGACUCUUUCUGUACAGAUGAAGACGAAUGAUCAUUUCUCCUUUGUCUGCAAACACAUUAAGCAAGGUAAAUAGUAUUAUUACUAAUAAUCUCAGAAAGAUCUUCCAUGUUUCGUGUCUCCAUUGAAAGAUAUAGUUGCUGUUUCAAGAUUGUUGACUAUAUAGUCCGGUCUCUAGAGUAGCUUUUUUACUCAGAUUCAGGCAGCGGAAUCAUAGCCAAAGUAGCUAAAGGUAAAGAGGUUGACAAUAUUGUUUGCAUUCUCUUGAGCUAAUAAACAUACUUCUCUUUGGAUCAUAUAAGUAUCGCCAUUCAAAGGUUUAU